AUUUCAGCGCCUUUCGGCGGCCGCCCAGCCCCAGGCGUCCCACGGGCUCCGAACCUCCGCGCGCCCCGGGCUCCGGCGGUGACCAGGGCGGGGUGCGGCACCCGAGCUAAACCUGACCUCCCGCCCUCCGAGGGGAUGCUGCGCAGGCCGCCGACGGUCCGCUCCGGGAACAAGCCUUCUCCCGCUCCCGCCAUGGAGCCGGCUGUCGCCGGGCCCUGGGCCCACAGCCGCGCGGCGCUCGCCCGCCUGGAGAGCCUGCUGCGCUGCUCCCGCUGCACUAAUAUUCUGAAGGAGCCCGUGUGCUUAGGAGGAUGUGAGCACAUCUUCUGUAGUGUUUGUAUAAGCGACUGUGUUGGAUCAGGAUGUCCAGUGUGUUGUACCCCAGCCUGGAUCCUAGACCUCAAGAUAAACAGACAGUUGGACAGCAUGAUCCAGCUUUAUAGUAAGCUUCAGAAUUUGCUACAUGCCAAUAAACUUUCAGAUCCAAAAGACACCACACCCAAGGCAAGUUUAUGUGGUGACGCAGAAAUGAAGAAGAAUUCCAUAAAAAUGUGGUUUAGUCCUCGCAGUAAGAGAGUUAGAUAUGUUGUGAAUAAAGUGUCAGUGCAGACCCAGCCUCCAAAGGCAAAGGGUGACAAAGCCCAGAAAGCCUCAAUGUAUGAAUUUGUUUCCACAAGUCCCCCUGAAGUUGUUUCUAAGAGGGCUAAAACAGCUUCUCGAACAUCUGCGAAAAAGCAGCCGAAGAAAGCUUCAGCUGAGAUCAACCAGGAGGGGAGUUUAAGGCCAGAGACAGAAGAUAGAUUUGAUUCCAAAGAGGAACUGAAGGAGGAAAGGGUUGUCUGCUGUAGCCCAACACCAGUUACGGAAAGUCCACGGGUGAAUGGUGAAAUCGACUUAUUAGCAAGUGGCUCUGUUGCAGAAUCUGAAUAUUCUGGAAGCUUGACUGAAGUGUCUUUACCAUUGGCUGAGCAUAUAGUGUCUCCAGACACUGUGAGCAAGAAUGAAGAGACUCCUGAGAAGAAGGUCUGUGUAAAAGAUCUUCGCUCAGUAGGGCGUAAUGGGAAUCACAAAGGCUGCAGCAGGCCUCCCAAUCCCACUUCUGAGAAUUGUGGGAGCGAUGUUUUGAGCCCCAGCAGAGAUGGCAUUAAGCCAGCUGCGCUUGCAGAAAACCCACCGCUGGUUGACUGUUCUUCAGGGCAAGUUGAUGUCACACUCAGGAGAAACAGUAACGUGUCGGAUGACUUCCUCAGCCUCUCACCAGGCACACCCCCACCUCUGCUGAAUAAUUCAACUCACAGACAAAUGAUGUCAAGCCCCGCCACAGUGAAGCUGUCACCCGGUGUCACGGCCUUGAAAAGAAAUCACAGAGGAGAGACUUUGCUUCAUAUUGCUUCUAUUAAGGGCGAUAUACGUUCCGUUGAAUACCUCUUACAAAAUGGAAACGACCCAAAUGUUAAAGACCAUGCUGGAUGGACACCGUUGCAUGAAGCCUGCAGUCAUGGGCACCUGAAGAUAGUGGAAUUGCUCCUCCAGCAUAAUGCUUUGGUCAACACCACAGGCUAUCAGAAUGACUCGCCACUCCACGAUGCGGCCAAGAAUGGGCACGUGGACAUAGUCAAGAUGUUACUGUCCUAUGGCGCCUCCAGGAAUGCUGUUAACAUAUUUGGUGUACGGCCUGUGGAUUAUACAGACAAUGAAAAUAUAAGAUCAUUAUUGCUGCUACCAGAGAAGAAUGAAUCAUUCUCAACUAGCCAGUGCUCAGUCGUGACUGCUGGACAGCGAAGGAAUGGGCCAUUGGUGCUCAUAGGCAGUGGGCUUUCUUCGCAACAGCAGAAAAUGCUCAGCAAACUUGAGGCACUUCUUAAAGCUAAAAAAUGUGCUGAGUUUGACAAUACAGUAACCCAUGUCAUUGUGCCCGAUGGUGAGGCUCAAAGUACUCUGAAGUGCAUGCUGGGGAUUCUCAAUGGAUGCUGGCUCCUGAAGUUUGACUGGGUGAAAGCCUGUCUGCACAGCAAAGUACGUGAACAGGAAGAAAAGUAUGAAGUUCCUGGAGGUCCACAGAGGAGCAGGCUCAACAGAGAGCAGCUGUUGCCAAAGCUGUUUGAUGGUUGCUACUUCUUUUUGGCGGGAAACUUCAAACAUCAUCCAAAGGACGACCUCCUUAAGCUCAUUGCCGCAGCAGGAGGCAAGAUGCUCAGUAGAAAGCCCAAGCCAGACAGUGAUGUGACUCAGACCAUCAACACAGUUGCGUACCAUGCCAAACCUGAUUCUGACCAGCGCUUCUGUACCCAGUACAUCGUCUAUGAAGAUCUGUUUAAUUGUCGCCCAGAAAGGGUUCGGCAGGGCAAAGUCUGGAUGGCUCCUUCCACCUGGCUUAUCAGCUGUGUAAUGGCCUUUGAAUUGCUGCCACUUGACAGCUGAGUGUCAUACAUGAACAUUUUAAGCUGAACAUGCAUAGUUUAUGAGAAUGCAGCCAUUGUGAUGUGUUUGAUGAUUCGAGUUUUUAUGGAUAGGUAGAACCAUUGUAUUUUUCCCCUUUAAUUGCUAAAUAAAACAAUUGAUGCUAGAUUAGGAAUUCAUUCAGAUGCCAAAAUUGCUUUCAGGAUUUUGUAUUCUCUUGAGGUUGGGGCUGUAUAGUCUUCAUGAACCAUGCAUGAGGCACGGGGUUCCAUACUGGGAACUGCAAGGAAGUUUUCAUUUUACAAGUGGCCUCUGAUAUUUGAUUGAUCAUGUUGUCUUUCAGUUUUAUCAGCAUCUAUCAAAGAUUAAUAAUUAGUGAGAUGACAUCAGAACUACUUGUUAAAUCUGUAAAUGGUCUAUCAUUAAUAUAGCAUCUUUUAGUUAACGCUAUCAUCAGAUGAUUUAUCCUGCCUUUGUUAUAAUGAUAAUAGAGCAUCUAUCUAAGUUUGC